AGACACCGUGAGAACUGCACUGCUAAAAACAUUCUUUUGAAUGUUCCUGGAAACGAACGAGCUGAAGUCCGAAACCGACAAAGUCCCGUCAGACCGCUCUUUCUAGACGACCAAAGGUCCCCUUGAGAUUGCAAUUUAGAAACAGGACCCGUAUUUCCGUGUUGUCUUACUCUGUUUUGUGGAGGGGCGCUGUUUCUGGAGUUUCCUCGUUCGGUCUCUUCCGGUGUUUGCAUGCGUUCAAACUGUCGAGGACGGCCACUGCAAAGAGAGCUUCCCAUGGGACACGCGGGAGAGGGUCGGCUGCCACUGGGAGCUUUUCUCGGGAUUGGUGAAAAGCGACGUUCUUUGCGUCUCUCUGUUUUUUCUGUUCCCUCCUGACGCUCCAGUUGACAGGGUGACCUUUUGCCGAAAGAACCGACCGUCUGGUGUUGUGCGAUUCGCUGCUGUCUCUCUGCCGCGCUGUUCUCGGGUGCAGCACACCGGAAAACAGGAAAGUUUUCUUUUCCAAAAGAAGCAGGAGAUGACUUUGUCUUUGUAGACAGCAAAAUAUCGUCUUUCGAGACUCAGGACGUAGCUUACUGCUUGCGUCCUUUCCGUUCCGCUCUGAAAUUGAUGUUAGCGGUUCUUGCUGAGGUGUGCCGGUGGCUGAGCGACUGCGGAAUACCCGGUCGUUUUCUGGAGGCAACGUGAGGUUUCGUUUCAGUUUUCCCGCUUCAUUUCGUCGUUACAGCUGAGAACCCCUUGCGCGUGUCCCCCUUCGGCUCGCAAGCUCCUCCCUUCCCCUUCUCCGGUCUCUUCUUCGUCUUUUUCUGCACCUUUUCCACUCUGUGGCAACAUGAGUCACACGAUUCUUCUGGUUCAGUUCUCCGACAGAAAGGACAGUCGAACGUAUGUCGACUAUGAGUCCGUGCCUCUCGCGCUCGACGGCGUUUGCCAGCUGUACGAACAGGCGCUGAAGGCGACAAACCCUCAGCUGAAAAACAUCACUUACGAUGUGAACGAUUUGUUUUCGUACAUUGACUCUCUCCGAGACAUGUGUGCCCUCGUACAAGACCGGCAGUCGAACUGCUACGUGCCUCAUGACAAACAAUGGAUCAAAGACCAGGCGUUCAAGCACCUCAAGAAGCAGGCUCACGUGUAAACGGCUGCGCGACUCCGAUAGCUUUUUAUUGCCGACGGUGGAUGAGUUUUAAAGCCGUGGCUUCACGCAGAUGUAGAAAGCGAACAGAGUCAACAGGCCCAGAUAUCCACAUAUUCAGGGGCUGGAGAGACUUGCACCGUAUGCACGUCUGCGUCGGCUUUUUUGGGUCAUGAUUACGCAUGUACAUGCACGCACUUGUACCUGUAGAGAUGUGCGUCGCUUAUUUAUAGAGUUGGCUGACUUGAGGUUCGCGGGCUAGAAAAGAUGCGCCAAUUUUGUAUCCCGUUUUAGGGUUUGCGAGGACAGGCAAGUUUCGUCGUUGUUCCGGGAAAUAUCGGGUUCUAGUCGACUGGGAAAAAGAUACGCUGAAUGAGUAAUUGUGGCUGUCGUGCGUUGGGCAGCGGAUCCCGCCUUUGUCGCUUGAACCAAGGAAACAACUGUUUUGAAUUUGUUUUAAAAAUGCGGCGGUCAAAGCUCCCGGUCCUACAAGUCUCUAAAGCACAAAUGGUAUGUCAGUGUGGUUCCUCGGCAUGUCUACCGAAGGCACUUCUCUCACUGCUACGUAGGGGAGUCUUUUUCUGUCGCUGAACCUUGCUGGAUAUCUCGGUCCAGAACAAGACAGGAAACGGGAUUGCUGUACUGUGUGCGAGCGCGAACUCGAUCUCUGUGCGCCUCCCGUAGUCUCUCAGGCUGUGAACAAUUAGACCUACA